AUGAUCAAGAAGGACACCAUUCAUCGAUGGAUCACAUUCAUUGCCAUUCUUUGCGCGGUGACAAUGAUUCACAUUGCACAUGCCUCUUCAUUCAACAUACUCUCUCGAAUGAAUUUAGAAAGACCUUCUGAAAAUUGGGUCGUAUUAGUGGCAGGUUCAAAUGGUUAUUACAAUUAUAGGCAUCAAGCCGAUAUUUGUCACGCUUAUAAAAUUGUCACUGAGAAGGGAAAAAUUCCAAAAUCCAAUGUCAUUACCUUCAUGUUUGACGAUAUUGCCUACUCGAAGGAGAAUCCUCAUCCAGGUGUGAUUAUUAAUGAAUACAAUGGAACGAAUGUCUAUAUUGGGAAAGAAGCCAUUGAUUAUCGUGCCAAUGAUGUCACUCCACAAAAUUUCUUGUCUGUGUUGAGAGGUGAGAAAAUGUCUGUUGGAAGUGGAAAAACACUCAAUUCUGGACCAAAUGAUAAGGUUUUUAUUUACUUUUCGGAUCAUGGAGCCACUAACGUGUUGGCCUUCCCAGGAUUUUCACUUCUACAUGCCAGUGAUUUAUUUGAAACUCUUCAAUUCAUGUAUCAAAAUAAGAGAUAUCAACAAUUAGUAUUCUAUGUCGAAGCAUGUGAAAGUGGAAGUAUGUUCAAUCAAAUUCUACCAUCCAGCUUGAAUAUUUAUGCAGAAACUGCAUCCACUCCUUUUGAAUCUUCCUAUGCCUGUGAUUACAGUAAUGAAUUUUCCGCAUACCUGAAUGAUUGUUAUUCCAUUAAUUGGAUGAAUGACAGUGACAUUUCUGACAUUCGUGAGGAAACAGUUGGAGUUCAGUUUGAAAAGGUUCGAAGAGAGACAACGACUUCUCGAGUGUGUCGAUACGGAGAUUUUGUGAUUGAGAAGGAACCCUUAAUUAAUUUUCAAGGAAAUAAUUCGAUCAAGUCUAUGAUGAAGCAAUGGUCUUCGGAAGAAAAUAGGAAGAAUGCUUUUGCUCGUAUUUUCAAUCAAGAAAAUGGUGCCAAAGAUGUCACUCGCCAACCCAUCGAUUCUCGAAAGGUCUAUGAAGAUUAUUUACAAAGAAGACUUCGAACCUUAAUGAGCUCUUCCACAGCUUCACUCUCUGAAAAAUUGCACAUUCUUACCUUAAUUGAACAAUAUAGAGAAUCCAUGAAAAAAUCGGAUAGAAUUUUCAAUUUCCUUUCCGAUCAAUACCAAUUAGAGAAAAUUCUAAAUCUUCGAAAAGCCAUGUUAAACAGAGAACUGGAUCCAGAUUCUGCAUGUCGAACACAAAGUAGUUUAUUGGCUCAUCCUCAAUGUGUGAAACAAUUGAUUCAACUCUUUGAAAAACGAUGUGGUUCUUUUGAUGAAUAUUCCUUGAGAUAUAUUUCCUAUUUGGGAGAUUUGUGUGUGAAACAAAUGUCCACUCCUUCUGAGAAGCAUCAGGAGAUGAUUCAUUCUUUGGAUGAAACUUUGAUUCGUUUGUGUCGUUAA